AUGGAACAAGGUGCUUUCGAGGUUUGGGGUCAAUCACCCACCCAGACUGACAUUGAAAAGGUCUACGCAUCCUACCACGAACUCGAAGAAUCCAGACGACAAGAAGCGGAAAAAGGCGAGAAAUUGCGGGCUGAAAGGCAUGCUGUGAAGAAGGUUGAGGAAAAGAAGCGUCGUGCUGGCCUCUUGAAAGAUGGAGCUGAGCUUUCUGAGUCUGAAGAAGAGAGUGAGUCGGAAAAAGCGAAGAAGAAAAAGAAGAAGAAGGAAAAGAAAUCGAAGAAGGAGAAAAAGGAGAAGAAGAAGGACAAAAAGAAGAAAAAAGCGAAGAAGCACAAGAACAGCGAAGAUGAUGAUAGUGAGGAAUGGGUGGAAGUCACGCAUGAUAUGCGUAUGGAGGAAGCAGCCAGAGAAGCUCGAGAGGAGCAAGAAAUGCCAGGACCUGCUCUUCCCGAGCAUCUGAGUGCUAGGAAUCAACUUGGACUGAACAUCAAAGCCAAGUGCGUUUGA